AAUCAUUUAAAUGUACGUAUCUUUUUUGUAAAGCUUUCAAAUAUGCACGAGCACAAAUUAACAGCUGAAAAUAUUUUCAUAAGUCUUCAAAUUUUAUAGUAUAUUAUAAGCACCUGUAAAAACACAUAGGUUACGUAAUGAUGUGUUGCAUGGACAGGAGGCGUCUGUUUCGUCCGAAAGGCAGAGGAGAUUGAUAGAGAGGGCAAAAGUGCAAUCAUGGAAAAGCCCCAAAAGACACAGGAAGAGCCGCAGUUGUCCCCACAGAUGGCGGCACCUGAUGGGGGUUGGGGCUGGGUGGUGGUGGGGUCUCUUUUCGUGUCUUCUGCCCUGGUGUUCGGGCUCAUCCGCAGUCUGGGCGUCUUUUUUGUGGAGUUUGUGCAGUACUUUGGUGAGAGUGCCCAGGCGGUGUCCUGGAUAACAUCCAUUGGCUUGGCCAUGCAACAGCUAAUGAGUCCAAUAAGUGCAGCCGCAUCUAAUGUAUAUGGAGCUCGUCCGGUUGUUAUGAUGGGAGGAUUCCUCUCAGGCCUGGGAUUCAUUCUGGCGUCCCAGGCAACAUGUCUUUUACAUCUUUACCUGACCAUGGGAUUCAUUUCAGGUUUAGGUUGGGGGCUGAUCUUCACCCCUACCGUUGCGUCAGUGAUGCUGUACUUCACCUUGCGGAGAUCUCUAGCCAUGGGCCUGGGCUUCACAGGCGUCGGACUUGCCUCUUUUGCAUUCUCUCCACUUUUUCAGUAUCUAGUAGAAGCCUAUGCUUGGCGUGGGGCCUUGCUUGUCCUCGGAGGCCUCAGCUUCAACAUGAUUGCUUGUGGAGCUCUCAUUCGGCCUCUAGGGAAACCAAAGGUUGUGGAGAAGACUGAAAACUCGACCAAGCUCAACAAAUGUUCUUCUUUGUUCUCCCGUAUCUACGAGGGCUUUGAGCUCUCUCUGCUUUCACACCGAGGCUUCCUCACUUAUUCCUUGGCCAUCACCUUAUUCAAUGCCGGCUACUUCAUCCCUUAUGUUCAUCUGGUCGCCCACAGCCGUCACAUUGGUUUCACUGAGUACCAGGCAGCCUUUGUAAUCUCUGUAACUGGUGUGGCAGACAUCGUGAGCCGCGUAGCCUCCGGCUGGUUCUCGGACCUGGGCAAAAUGCGGAUGCAGCACAUGCUGGUGGUGUGGACUGGGUUACUGGGGCUCUCUCUGAUGCUCAUUCCUGUUGCCAUGGUUUACUCGGGACUGUUGGUUGUCAGUGGGGUCUAUGGGUUUUGUGCAGGAGCGAUGACGCCACUGGCGUUCGCGGUGGUGCCGGAAAUCGUAGGUAUAGAGCGAAUGCUGGGAGCCCUUGGCCUGCUGCAGCUCAUAGAGAGUGUCGGAGGGCUGCUGGGAGCGCCACUGUCUGGCUGGCUGAAGGACUAUACAGGGAUGUACACGGUAUCUUUUAUCGCUGCUGGAAGUUUCCUCGUGUUAGGUAUGUUAGUUACAAUGACUCUUCCCUAUUUCUGGUCUUGUACGGCCCCUCCACCCCCAUCACCUUUAAAGAAGAAAUCUCAGCAUGAAUCCAUUGAAGAUGGACUUCUCAAACAAACUCUGUCCUCAAAUUCUGUACCUGAGAUACCCUGUCUAUUGGAUGAUAUACCCUACUUGGAUAAGGAGUAAAAGGUGUGUUGGAAGAGUGAUGUUACACAUCUAGUGCAAGAAUGAGAAGAAAUACCUCAGGAAAUGAUGCAUCAUACUAAUUUAGGGAAACUAUUUAGAUUUUUUAGAAGGAUAUUUUGCAUUGUCAGACAGGAUAUAGGCAACUAUUGGCAUUGGAAUCACAAAUCAUAUUGCACUGAAUGGUUUUAUACCACAUUUUGCAGUAAAACUUUUUGUGGGUAAUUUCAGCUAGUGAAAUAUCCCCCAAUGCCAAAGAAAAAUUAUGUGAAAUUUGCUAUUAGUGCUUUUCGCCUAAUAACAAGACAAUCAAUUUGAUGGAAGUUUUGAGAGAGUUUGAAAAGCAACAGUCAGUUUACAUCUCAAAUUUCCAGCUAGCCUAGCGUAUAUAUAGUUCAGAACAAAUCUGUCUUAAUGUUAAAUCUGGAUUGUUUACUCAUUCCUUAUAUAUACAAGUAGGCACACACGUUUUUGAACAUGCAACGAAAAUGAUUGCACUUCAAAAGUUGUAUAACAGGACAAUAGCAGCAUAAAUCCUUAUCAUGACGUAAAUGCAGUAAAGUAACUGUGCAGUUAUCAAGACCAGCUUUUCUUUUUGAUUAGAUAAUAAUGGCAUUUUACGGUUGCCACAGUCAGACACCACAGCUGCAGCUGUAAAGUGUUAUUUUAGUAUAAUUUAGUUACUAUUAUAGUUUUUAUAUUUUCAGUUUUCAUUUUAUUUAGCUUUACUGAUCAAUCAACAGUAUCUUUACUGCAACUGUAUCUAUAUCCUGAUGUGGAGCUAAUCUUUCUUAGACUUUCAAAAUAUGCAAAAAGUUUGCGUUUGGAAAGCUGUCAGUGCUCGUUCUAAAAAGGCCAUCUUUAUAGUUAUACAAAUAAUUUUAGAGAUACUUUAUUAAUAGCUCUAGUAUUUUUCUGUUCUGAAAUCAUUAUCUUUUUUAUUAAAAAAUAUAUUACAUUGAAUUAAAUCAUUAUUAAUGUAAAUUAAAUUAUUUUAU